UGUCGUCUUCCCCUCCCAACCCUUUCCAGUUUCACAGAGCCAGCGAUACCUACAAACAGCAAGCAAACAAGAAGGAAACGAAAAAAGAACUCGGCCGGUGAUUUACCAUUUCCUUCAAUAUUUCUUCAAAAAAUGAAUUUUUUUAGCUCUGACUCAAACCCUAGAAAGAAAAUCGCCCUCCUUUGUUUCCCUUCGUCUCCAACGAAGGAAUGGGUGGAAUGGCGUCAUGUUUCGCCAAGAAGAAUGAAGGGGCGGAAUCGGAUAUUAAGUCCAAUAAGAGGCGGGUGGAGUUGCAGAGUGGGAUGGAUGCGGAUGAAUCGCUGAUUCAGGAGGCUGCGGCGUUGUUGUUGCUUAGGCAGCCGCAGAAUGACAGACUAGACAUGACGCCGGUGUUUGAUCGUUCGUUUUCGGUGAAGUCGCCGUUGAUAGGGAAGAAGAAGCCGCAAGGAUUGCCGAGGAACUCGAGCUCCAGGGCUAGGUCGCUGACUGCCCCCGCCAUUUCGCUGCGAGAGCUUGUGAAUCAGGAAAGAGGACUGGAUGGUUUAGAAACAAAGAAAGUUGUUCUUGUGCAUGGAGGUGGUUUUGGCGCAUGGUGCUGGUACAAAACAAUGACACUUUUGGAGGAUGCUGGAUUUGAAGUCACGGCAAUAAACCUUGCUGGAUCUGGAAUUCAUUCUGUCGAUACUAACAACAUCACAAGUCUUCCCCAAUACGUAAAUCCAUUGAUUAUUUUUCUUGAAAAGCUUGGUGAUACUGAGAAGGUGAUCCUGGUUGGGCAUGACUUGGGUGGAACAUGCAUCUCAUAUGCCAUGGAAGCUUUUCCGGCAAAGAUUGCCAAAUCUGUUUUUCUUGCUGCAGCUAUGCCAAAAAAUGGGCAAAGAACUAUUGACGUGCUCUCUCAGGAGGAAGCUACCAACGAUCUGAUGCAACAUGGUCAAAUCUUUUUGUAUGCAAAUGGAAAAGAUCAAAUUCCUACAGCUAUCAGCUUUGAAACGUCAUCAUUAAAAGAUCUUUUAUUUAAUCAAAGUCCUACGAAGGAUCUCUCUUUGGCAUCAGUUUCUAUGAGACCUAUUCCUUUUGCACCAGUACUGGAAAAACUCGUUCUUACAGAAGACAACUAUGGUUCAGUCAGGAGAUUUUAUAUAGAGACUACUGAGGACAAUGCGUUACCACUUUCCCUGCAACAAAGCAUGUGUGAAACCAACCCUCCUGAGAAGGUUUUUCGCCUAAAAGGCUCAGAUCACUCUCCAUUCUUUUCGAAGCCUCAAGCUCUCCACAAGGUCUUGGUAGAGAUAGCAAUUAUUCCUCCUAAACAGAACUUGAAAACCAACCAUUAUCCUAGCAUGUAAUCCAACCUGUAAGACUAGCUCAUAUGAUGCUAUACAUGUAGAUUUGCAUAAAAAAUUGAACUGAUCAGACUGAAGUUUCAUAUUAAAUACUUUUUUUUUAGGUAUUUCUCUUCUCAUUGCUCAAGCUCCAUGAUGAACUCUUCAGGUUCACACAAGCUCAUCUGGUUUAGAGAAGCAUUAAUGAGUUUCAUACUUGUAACUUAUUUGUAAUGGAAAUGUUUCUAUUCUUAAAGGACU